AGUACAAUGGCGGACCAAAAACGUUAUAUGAUCUUCGUUGUGUAGUCAAUACUGGUCAGAUGUGUCCUCGUUAGCUACACGUUUAAGAUAACAGUUUACAGUUUGUCUACGGAGCCCCGAAGGGGUAACGUAGCGUGAACGGGCGUGGCUCGGAGAAUAUUGUGGAAUAGUGUGCUACGUGCAGAGGGUGCACGUCGCCGUGGUGGACGGUAACAAGAACUACGGCCCGCUGCCAGGCACGUCCCCGGACCUUCAGGGUACAUUGGAGAACCAGGACCAAUCCAGUCUGAUCUGGGAGGAGAGAACAGCUACUUCUAUCCAGUCUGUUUAACUUCUAACCGAAACUGAGAGAGACGGAAGAAGACCGAGGUGACUGACUACAGUCUGUCAAGAUAAAGCGAUUCAAGCAGACAUCAUGGAGGAUGACCUGAUGUUUAGCAUGGAGGAGGAGGAGGGCAGCGCCAAGAGACCCCCUGUCCAACGAAGUGCCCCCAAUCAGCGGGCCUCUUCCAUCAGUGACGCCAACACCAGUGAUGACGAUGACGAAGACCACUUCAUCUCCCCCAUCCUCGACGACUCUGCCAAAGAAAUUUGUCACUACCUGAAGAAUAUUGUUUACACUCGGCAGCUGUCAAACUCUCUUCCUAAGAGCAACUUUGUGUACAAGAAUGAAACAGAAACAGUGGCAGAGCCUCGGUCGUACAAAGUUUUGUCUGAGAGUGCACGGGAGGCAUGGAAACAUGCGAUCGAAAAGGCCAAAGCCAUGCCCGACCCGUGGGCACAAUUUCAUCUGGAGGACAUCAAGACUGAACCCUGCAUUCGUUACAGGUACAAUGCCAUCACAGGAGAGUGGGCUCAAGACCAGGUCCACAUCAAGAUGGCUGCCCAGCCGUUUGGGAAAGGGGCCAUGAGGGAGUGCUUCAGAGCAAAGAAGUUGUCGAAUUUCUCACACAGCAGCAACUGGAAGUCAGCAUCUAAUUAUGUGGCCAAGAGUUACAUGGAGACGGUGGACAGAAAUGUUUACUUUGAGGACGUCAGGCUGCAGAUGGAGGCCAAACUAUGGGGAGAAGAGUACAACCGCCACCGACCUCCCAAACAGGUGGACAUCAUGCAGAUGUGUGUGGUGGAGAUGAAAGACAGACCAGGUAAACCUCUCUUCCAUCUGGAACAUUACAUCGAGGGCAAGUACAUCAAAUACAACUCCAACUCUGGCUUUGUGAGGGACGACAACAUCCGACUCACUCCACAGGCCUUCAGUCACUUCUCUUUUGAGCGAUCGGGCCACCAGCUGAUCGUGGUGGACAUCCAAGGAGUCGGAGAUCUCUACACUGACCCUCAGAUCCACACAGAGAAGGGGACUGACUUUGGAGAUGGAAAUCUAGGUGUGCGAGGCAUGGCGCUGUUCUUCCACUCCCACCUGUGUAACAAGAUCUGCAAGAGUAUGGGCCUGACGCCUUUUGACCUUUCCCGUGCAGAGAAGUCCCAGCUGGACUGUACCAACAAACUGCUUAAGUCAGCCCAGACGGUGCUGAGGGGCUGUGAGGAGCCCUGCGGUUCUCCUCGUGUUCGGACCAUGUCAGGAAGCCGGGCACCUCUGCUGUUAUCCCGCCUGUCUGAGACGUCAUCUGCAGACGAGAGCAUGAGCGACGUGGACUCAGUUCCCUGCUCCCCUCUCAUCUUCCCCUGCUCUCCGCUAGCUGCACAUGGAUCUAUGGGCAAGUCCGCUAUCUGCUUAUCUUUUACUGGAAUGUACGAACAUGAAAGACUCAACAGUAACAACACAGGUGAACAGAAGGAAUCUGAUAGCGGCGGCGACAGCGGCUAUCCCAGCGAGAGGAGGAGUGAUGGCGACCCAAAUGACCACGUAGACGGGGCCCAUCAUCGCUACCAAAGACAUUAUUCUGAGUCGGAUGAGGACAGUGUCAAACGGAGGAAGAUGGUAGCUCCUCCAAGAGUCUCUGCAAACUUAAAUUCAUACAAUUCUAACAACAACUGGCUGACAGAGGAAAAGUGGAGCUUCUACCAUUCGUCUCGCGCUCACGUCCACCGACCUUCCUGUGUGGCCACUGAGGUGGAGCGACUCAACACUCUGCUGCAGAAGAAGAUUGGCCAGUCGAUCCUCGGAAAGGUCCACCUGGCGAUGGUGCGUUACCAUGAAGCGGGUCGUUUCUGUGAGAAGGAUGAGCAGUGGGAUCAGGACUCAGCCAUGUUCCACCUGGAGAGAGCUGCACUGUGUGGAGAACUGGAGGCCAUCGUAGCCUUGGGACAGUGCUGUCUGCAGCUGCCUCAUCACAUACUGCCAGACAUGGAGCUGGAGGAAAAUGAAGGAAACAGGAUGAAAGGUUUUAAGUAUCUGCUGCUGGCUGCUGAGGCUGGUGACAGAUCUUCUAUGAUCAUAGUGGCCAGAGCCUUUGAUACUGGGAUCAAUCUGUCAGCUGACAGAAAGCAGGACUGGGAAGAGGCGAUUCACUGGUAUGACAGUGCGUUGAACAUGACAGACUACGAUGAGGGGGGAGAGUUCGAUGGGACACAGGACGAGCCUCGAUACCUGCUGCUGGCCAGAGAGGCAGAGAUGUACCAAGUGGGAGGCUACAACCUCACCGCAGACCCACAGAGAGCAGGUGAUCUGUUUACAGAAGCAGCAGAAGCUGCCAUGGCGGCCAUGAAAGGUCGAUUGGCUAACCAGUACUAUAUGAAAGCCGAAGAAGCCUGGGCGCUAAUGGAGGAGUAAUUCUGGAUUCACAUUUUUAUGUGAAAAAGGCCACAGGAGUUAAUGUGUCUGACUUAUAGCCAGGCCAGUUUACAUAUUGUUUAUUGCAGAAUUUUAUGCUAAUGGUGCUCUGCGUGUGUGCGUGUGUUCAGCCUUCAAGAAUCAGCCGUACAUAUUCAGGUUUCUGUUCUUCUUGUCCUGUUUGUGAAACUAGUCAUCCUGACUCCUCUUUUCUUUAAUUCCCUCUCUGAUUAUCUUUUGGCUAAGUGAAUGUGGUUCUAUGAAAGAGAAGAUCUGAAGAUUCAAAACAAAAAAAUGGCUUACUCACUUUGACUGUUAACACAUUUAUGUUGGAAGAAUGUAUGUGAAAAAAAAAAGCUUGGCGUAUGAAACUGUAAAAUAAAGUUUGGAUUGCUUUUUAUGGGUAAA